AAUGACACAAUGGGGAGAAUAUCGGAAUGUGUACAGGUAAUAGUCUACCUGGCUGCCCACCUGUCGUGCUUUUACGCAUGCGCGCCCCGCCACACCUGUUGUUGCCUUGCUUUGAAAGCGAUUUGAACACAAAAAAAUGCAUCUUUUCUUCUUGUGCCUUUCCCUAUCCAUCAUUUUCGACGUCUUAGUGCAAAAUGUUAAAACUGAAGAUAGAAUAGAAAUCACGUGGUGCACCGUAAGUCACAUGGAACAGGAGAAAUGCCAGAAAUUUGCUAGCGAGGUGGAGAGAGUGGACCUGGAGGAGAGGGAGAAGUUUAAUGUCAAACUUCUCUGUAAGGAAGCCGCGGAUAAGGACCAGUGCAUGGGCUGGAUCGACAGGAGAAAGGCGGACAUGGUCACUCUGGAUCCCGGAGAGUUGUUCGUGGCCGGACGGUAUCACAGUCUCGUGCCGAUCGUGGCGGAAAGAUACGGACCGGAAGAAACAGAUGGAUAUUAUGCAGUUGCAGUUACGAGGAUUUCUACUCGGCUAGAUUAUUUGAGAGAUUUAGAAGGUAAAAGAGUCUGUUUUCCUUCGGUGGGGCAGCUGGGAGGAUGGAUAAUUCCUAUAGCAAGAUUAAUAGAAGAGGACGUGUUGCCAAUAAAGUAUUGCAAUAAUAUAAUUAAAUCUGCAGCAGAAUUUUUCGGUCCUAGUUGCACUCCUAAUUCUUUAAUUGAUAAAUAUAACCCGACAGGUGACAAUCCUCAAAAGAUGUGCGAACUCUGCGAAGGUAAAAAGAGUAACCGUUGCAGUGGAAACAAUAAAUAUGCUAAUUUCGAAGGUGCCUUUAAUUGUUUGUUGAAUAAUGGAGAGGUAGCUUUUCUAAAAGACAGCACCGUUCGUGAAAUGACAAGUCAGCGCAAUUACAGGGGACCUCCUGCAUCCGAAUUUAAACUAGUCUGCCCAUUCAAUAGAAGAGAGACGUCCGCUCCUGUCGACGACUUUCGUUCGUGUAAUUGGGGUUAUGUACCUGCUCAUGUUGUUGCAGUUAGUUCCGUUCUCCUGCCAGAAACAAGAAAAAGAUACCAAAGAUUUUUAAAGCUUGCAGUUAAGUUAUUUGGUAGAAAUAAUCCGUAUUCUAGCAACUGGAAUCCCGAUUAUCCUCCUCCUCCUCCUUCUCAUUUCAAUGCUUCAUAUAGAGGAGGUUCUAACUAUUACCCUUACAAUAGAAGAAGCCUUUCAUCAAACAGUGUGUCUGAAAAAUCUUUUCAACUAUUCAAAUCGGGAACCGGAGAUGAUCGCGAUCUAUACAAAAACAGCACCAAUCUUCUGUUUCUAGACACAACUACUAAUUUAGUUGCUCUAGAUGCCACCAAACAGAUAUUUGCUGGAUAUCUUGGAAUAAAGCAAGAUUUAUAUAAAAAACUACAAAAAUGUCCCGUUCCACCUGCUAAAUUAUGUGUAGUGUCAGUCGCAGAACAAAAGAAAUGCAAUAAGAUGAGAACAGCAUUUAGAGCAAAAAUGUUGAAACCUGACUUAGUUUGCAUAACUGGUCACAGUCAAAGAGAUUGUAUGCAGUUGAUCAAGGAUGGUCAAGCAGAUUUAACAGUGUUAGAUGCGGGUGAUAUUUAUCAUGCAGGACAUGCACUUGGAUUGGUACCAAUUAUAGCUGAACAGUAUGAUUUACAAGAGCCAUCUUAUUAUGUUGUAGCAGUUGCACAGCAGCCUGAUAAAGAUACAGAUCUAUUAUACUUAAAAGGAAAAAGAUCUUGUCAUACUGGUGUGGGUUUGGCAGCAGGUUGGGUCAUACCAAUGAGUUUUCUUUUAAGUAACGAAAGAAUGCGAUCUUAUGGAUGCAAUUCGGCACAUGCUGCAGCAGAAUUCUUUCAAAAAAGUUGCAUUCCGGGUGUUCUGUCCAGGGAAUAUACUGUAGCCGAUUGGAGUUAUGCCAAUUUAUGUGACCUGUGUCACGGAACCGGUGCAAGUUAUUGUAGCAGAGAUUCUUCCGAACCUUUCUAUGGUAAUACGGGUGCCCUACGUUGUCUGGUGGAAGGGGGUGGAGAGAUUGCAUUCGUGAAACACACCACGGUUUUAGAAAAUACCGCGGGGAAAAAUCGCGAAUGGUGGGCCCGCCCCAUGAUGCCCGGCGAUUUUGAACUGUUGUGUAGAGAUGGCACCAGAGCAAAACAGCACGAGUACGAAAGUUGCAAUCUUGGUAAAGUUGCCUCAAAUGCAAUGGUCACAAACAGAAACAACCCACCCAAUGUAACUAGAUCCUACAUCGAUCUUUUUUUACAUGCUCAACAAUACUAUGGAUCUAAGUAUAGCGAAGAUUUCACCUUCAAAAUGUUUGUUUCUGACAGCAGUUACAGUGACCUGAUCUUUCAAGAUGCCACUCAACAGUUGGUGGAAGUUCCUUUGCACAAACGUAAUUAUCACGAAUAUUUGGGUUACGACUUCGUGCAGGCCAUGAAAAUCGUCGACUGUAGGGCCGCUGCCAGUUCUAUAGAAUUAAGUAUCUCUUUAAUUAGUAUUCUAUCAUUGUUAAUAUUUAAUUGGCAGUUAUAAUUUUGCCAGCCAUAAAAUACUAGAAACUUGACAUUUACAUAAAACAAAGAAUCUCUGGGACGUCAUCAAUAUCGAGCUCCUGCUUCAGAAAAUUUUAUCAUAAGAGUAUCAUCAAAAAAUCAUUUUUUUAAUACAAAAUGUGAUGAUAUGUAAGUGUAUUGCAAAUUUAUUUAAUUAUAUACUUAACAUUUUUAUACAAAGAAAAUAUUAUAGAUCUGUACAUAUUUUAUAAAAUUAACGAAUUGUAAAUAACAAUUAGCCAAGAUGAUACAUAUCAUUAUUUUGAUAAUUAUGUAAUUAAACAUAAGCAUAGUUGUUAAAAUAGAAUAAUUUAUAUUAACACUUUAAAAAAAAAAAGCAAUAUUUAUGUAUUUUAACCAAAUGCAGGUGAUUUUUGAGGUUUCUAGUAUUUGUAAAUGAAUAAUUAAGUUGUAUUUCAGACAAUCCGUCCACUUCUCUCACGCGAUUGCUAGCACUACACUGUUUACACUGAGUGCAUUGUAUUUUUUUUUGUGACAUGUUCAUCAUGAAUCUCUCGAAUCAUUAUUUUUAUAGAAUAUAAUAAUUGUCAUUUUUUAUGAAUUUGUACAUUAUGUGGAAUAAA